AUGGUGCCCCGAGUGCCGAAGCUCAACCUGGGCGAGGCCAUUGGCAAGAACAGUGAAAGCCAGGACUGGCGGCAACAGGACUGGCAACCCAUUCAACAGGACUCUAGCUCAAGCGCUACUAAUUUACCCACCGGGGAAACGACUUCCAGCGCCCAAAUGCCAGAUCACCCACAGGCGGCGACAGGUAGUCACACGAACAAUACUUACACAACAAAUACACGUACGGCCGCAGGCGUUCCCUCUGUAGCCGUCACCCCGGCGACGUCUUUCCCGCGCCCCAACGACGACCAUAACGAGGUAAAUGAAAUUUUAACAUCUGGCUCACCGAUUGCACCCGGUGGGCAACACGAUAAGGACCAUCAAACCCGCGCAGAUGGGGGUUAUGAUGGGCUAAACGCCUCUCGGGAAAAGACUAUAGGCGAGCGAAAAGAAGGUAACUACAUUGACCCGGCGCACGAGGAACGGAGAAAACUUCAAGGAAGCGAGCACUCCACGUUGGGAGGCGACUCGAGCUCAGGUAGACGCCUUUCAUCGGAGCUUCUGCUGGAUCAAGCCCAACAUGCCCCGGCGUCUUCCUCCAGCUCCGAAGUUCCCUCCCCACCAGGAAAGGGUGGGACGUCCGAAGAUAUUAAACUAAGGCACAUGACCAGCCACGUUGUGUCCAAGGGUCGCCUAAGUCCAACAGCCUACGCAGCCAUGUUGCGACAACGAUUAAGCACACAUGACAUACCGGAGCUGGACUCGAUAAUAGCUGCACUUGUGGAGGCAGCACACACGCAGGAGGCUGCGCUCCAGCAGCAAGAGGCGUUCCAGCGGAACAAAAAGUUUUACGAACACCAAAUGGAAACUUUUGCUGCUGAUAAGGAGCGACUAGAGGCGGAAAAUGCUGUCCUUAAGCAUAAACUGACCAUGACUACAUCCGACGAUACUUUGCGCGAGAUUAGCGACCGGUUGAUGAAAGCGUACGCCGACCGGGACGAUGCCUUGGAGACGCGCAAGGCGUUGGAGGAGGAGUUAGAGAAGAGCAACUGGGCGGUGCGAGACAUGAGUUCCAAGUUGGCCGAACAGCACGAGUUCUGCAUUCAGUAUUUGAACGUCAUUAUGUAUUACGAAAAGCACUUGCUCAGCUGUGCUCCGGGCAUGGUCAUAGAUCUAGAAGAUAAAGUUGCGCUGCAGAACCUGCAGCCUGCGGACCAAUCUCCCACGGACGCUGGUUACUCGCCGCUAACUUCACUACAAAGUGGAAAUGAUCCGGAGACGAAAGAGGAACUGAAAAAUGGGCGGAACCAUGACCAGGGGUUUAUGGAAGUUUCCGGUUUCCAUGGUUCCUCAAGUAUGGUGAGUCACGGAGGCAAAAAGAAAUGGACGAAUCUGCUGACACCGCGAUUACUCAAUCCUCAUUUGCCAAAAUAUUUUCGCAAACACCACAAGGCGAUCGACCGCGCCGUCACAAACCUCGACGGCUCCGCAAGUGCAAGAUCCACUACGACCCAGGCCGGCUCUUCUACCAGAAGGAUCAUGGAAACCAGACACCAAGACCCAGGAGGAGGCGCUCCCGACCCCGCCAGUGAUGACCCCGCCAGUGAUGACCCCGCCAGUGAUGACCCCGCCAGUGAUGACCCCGCCAGUCAUGACCCCGCCAGUCAUGACCCCCGCCAGUCAUGA